GAGAGCGCGGCCAGCGAUAGGAGCGCACCGGGUUGUGUGUGUUUUUAUAUUUCAGAGCCCGUUUACCAGGGCCUACAGAAUUGUUUAAACCAGCUUUUCCAUUGGAGUUCCUUUUGGCUCAUGCGAUUGAAGAGGCUCGAAGGCUCGUGCCAUUCCCCCUCCAACUAAGGUUCCAGAGAGGUGCGUGGAAAAGCCCGGUGCAGAGAAAGAAGGGAGAGCAUUGCGUACGUAGCCUAAAUACAUACAUGCCUGGGUCUUCGACUGUGGGACUGCGUAAAGGAGUGGGGGUUAUUUUGUCGCCAAACGGACCUAAAGUGCGGCAAUGAGAUCGCGUUGCUGGUGAGCCAGUGCUUUGAUGAAUAAUUUACGGUCUUGUGGGCUGAAAGAGAGUGAACCACAGCCACCGCCGUUUGUAAGCCUCCGACGCCGUCGGAGAGUGCCCUGAUGGUGGACUAGAGAGAGCCGACAACACGGGUCUGAAACGGGACGAAAGAUUUUGACAUUGUCGGUAAAAUUCAUUGGGGGCGGAGAGAAGGGGUGAUGGUGUGUCGGUGGAGGAGGAUAGAAGGAGUUUUGGGCACCUUGCGGAGGAUCCUAUACAAAUUCUGUUUUCAGAUUAUUCUCAAAACCCGCCACAUCUAAACCACAACAAACAAACAAACAAACAAAUAUAAACCAAUAUCAGUCAACUCUAAAUGUGACUAUUUUCGACAUGCGCUCAUGAAAAUAGCCCAUCCAAGAAAUAAUAGAAUAGAUGUAUGUAAAGUUGACCAUCAUUGUAAUGAGUAGUGAGUAGUCAGUAAUAGUUGUUCUAAAGCCUUAUCCAAGUGUAGUGAUUGAAUCAUUGUGAACUGAAGUCAAUAUUGCAGAUUUGAUUUUCUAUAGGAUAAUCUUAAAAAAUCAUGCGAUUCAGAAUUUUUAAACGGCGUUUCUCUCAGCCAGUAUCUGCAUAUCUGGCGUCAGUUGAGGGUUAUGUUUAGGAGAUAACACUUACAGGCUUAUGCUAUCCUAUCUACCGCGAACCUCUGGCGGUUUUCCACAGAACACGACUGGAAUAACUAACUAACGUUUACUAAAUUAAUACCUCAGUCUCACUAAUACCUCAUGUUCUUAUAAAGUGUAGCCUUGUUUAAAACACCUCAGAUGGCUUCAUUCUCAGACUCCGACCUGCAGACCUGUCCUCUCUGCAAGGAGCUCUGCGGCUCCUCCUCUGCUCCCAUCUCCUGCAACUCCUCCACCUCCUCCUCCUCCUCUCACUCGUCGUCCUCCUCCUCCCGGCGCCUCCAUGUCCUCCCCUGCCUGCACGCCUUCUGCAGGCAGUGUCUGGAGGGCCAGCGCAGUCAUAGGGACCCUCUCAAACUCCGCUGCCCCACCUGCGACCAGAAGGUCUCCGUCUCCGAGGCCGGAGUGGACUCGCUCCCUUCCUCCAACUUCCUCUUGAGUAACCUUCUGGACGUGGUCGUGAGCUCAGAGGAGCAGCUCCAACUCGUCCAGAAUAAGAACGGCCACCGGUGGGUCGGCGGGGGCUCCAUACCCGGGUUCCAGCACCCCCACGGCGGGCUCCUCCUCCCGCACCGCCUGGGAGAGCCCCAGUGCAGCUCCUGUGACGAGGGGAACCCGGCCAGCUCCCACUGCCUGGACUGCCAGGAGUACCUGUGUGAUAACUGCAUCCGAGCACACCAGAGGGUCCGGCUGACCAAGGACCACUUCGUGGAGAGGCUGGCUGAGAGCCUGCACCAUGCGAGCCUAGUCAAGGCCAGCCCCGUCGGAGGUGGAGGAGGGGGGGUAGGAGGAGGUGUGGGGUUGACCCUGACCCAGUCUUUCCAGUCCAACUUCUCCCUGCUGUCUUUGUUCCAGGAUAGAAUGAGCUUCUGUCAGCACCACGACAACAAGGUGUUUCUGUUUUUCUGUGAGACGUGCUCGGUGCCUAUCUGUAGGGAGUGUAGUGUGGGUAGACACUUGGGCCACAGCUUCGUCUAUCUACAGGACGCUGUCCAGGACUCCAGAGCCAUCACCAUCCAGCUACUGGCCGACGCACAGCAAGGAAGACGGGCUGUACAGUUGAGUAUGGAGACGGUCCAGGCAAUAGCAGAGCAGGUUGAGAUCAAGGCCAAGGUGGUUCAGACAGAGGUGAAGAACAUGGUCCGCAGACACAUGAAAGCCCUGGAGGAGAGAGAGAGUCAGCUACUCUGGAAGGUUGAGAAGAUCCGCCAACUGAAAGCCAAGUCCCUGUACCUGCAGGUAGAGAAGCUGCAUCAGAACCUGACCAAGCUGGACAGCACCAUCGCAGCAGUCAACCAGGUGCUGGACGAGGGCUGUUACCUGGACGUGCUGCUGGCCAGAGAGCGUAUGCUGACCCAGGUCCAGGAGCUGAAGUCUCUCAGAGGGUUGCUGCAGCCACAGGAGGACGACCGUUUCCUGUUCACCCCUCCAGACCAGGCCCUGUACAUAGCCAUCCAGUCCAUGGGGCUGAUCAGUAGUGGAGCGUUCGCUCCUGUCACCAAAGCUCACGGCGAGGGCUUAAAGACUGCGCUCCGUGGCAAGACCGCCUCCUUCACCGUGAUUGGCUACGACCACGACGGGGAACCCUGCCUCUCGGGCGGUGACGCGGUGUCAGCGGUGGUGAUGGCAGCGGCGGAAGGUAACUUGUCCGCGGCGGAUGUGUGUGACCACCAGAACGGGUCAUACACGGUCAGCUACCUGCCCAAGGCUGAGGGAGAAGAUCUGGUGUCAGUUCUGGUCUGUAACCAGCACAUCAUGGACAGCCCCUUCAAGGUGCUGGUGAAGUCUGGGCGACGCUACGGGGCUCUGGGUUCCGCGGUGUCUGCGUUUGGUAGCGAGGGGGAGGGGGACGGUCAGCUGUGUCGUCCAUGGGGGAUCAGUGUGGAUAAAGAGGGAUACGUGGUGGUGGCCGACCGCAGUAACAACCGCGUACAGAUCUUCAAGCCGUGCGGUGCCUUCCACCACAAGUUCGGCUCCCUGGGCUCUCGCCCCGGUCAGUUUGAUCGUCCAGCGGGCGUGGCGUGCGACAGCCAACGGCGGAUCAUCGUAACGGACAAAGACAACCACCGCGUGCAGGUGUUCACCUUCGACGGACAGUUUAUGCUCAAGUUCGGCGAGAAGGGCACUAAGAACGGUCAGUUCAACUACCCCUGGGACGUGGCAGUGAACUCUGCGGGGAAGAUCUUGGUCUCUGACACCAGGAACCACCGCAUCCAGCUCUUUGGCCCUGAUGGCUCGUUCAUCAACAAGUACGGCUUUGAGGGCGCCCUGUGGAAACACUUUGACUCACCACGCGGCGUCGCUUUUAACCACGAGGACCACCUGGUCGUCACCGACUUCAACAACCACCGUCUGCUGGUGAUUCGGCCAGAUUGCCAGUCUGCCCGGUUCCUGGGCUCAGAGGGAACCGGUAACGGGAAGUUCCUGCGUCCCCAGGGCAUAGCGGUGGAUCAGGAGAACCGGAUCAUCGUUGCCGACUCGAGAAACCACCGGGUGCAAGUGUUCGAGCCCAACGGGAACUUCUUAUGCAAAUUUGGCACCCAUGGGAGUGGCUUCGGACAGAUGGACCGCCCCUCCGGUGUUGCUGUGACACCUGACGGAGUCAUCGUGGUCGUCGACUUUGGAAACAACCGCAUCCUCAAGUUCUGAAGAGUUCUAAUCACUUUCUUUCUUUCUCUUUGUUUUCUCUCUGUUUCUCUGUUUGGGAGAGGAAAUUGAAGAGAAGGAUUCAACAAAGAGAGGACAGUUUAAAGAGAGAUGAUCAGAGCAGGUAGAAAUGCGUUAUUACAAAUUUAAGGGAAAAACAGAUUUUUUUUUUUUAGUAAUUAUUUUUUACUUUUAGGUUUAGUUUGUGUAAAUAGAUUCCUGUGGUAUACUGUAUGACAAAGGGGACUACUAAGACAAUUUGAUAAUCAGUAGUGAAAGUAACAAGGAAGAGAUCCACCAUUUCCCCGUAUUCUAUCUUGUAUGCUCGUAGCUCUCUCUCUCUAAACUCUCCUCACGUCGCCUUCUCAGGGAUUUUUCUCACUUUUUCUUGAAAUAAUUUUUAACCCUCUGCUCCGCCACCUACCUCAUCUAGUUCUUUAUGAAUGUACUCACCCUCUCCGAGCAGAGGUCUACUCUAGUCUGUCAAGUUUUACAAAGAAGAAAAUAAAAAAAGUCUACCUCCAAUACUUUUAUUUUAUUUAAAGAGACAUAAAAAUGAAAAUACAUUUUGACCUGACCUGUAGUGGAGUCUAGUGCGUUCAGUGAUGUCAUUACAUGUUGUUUAGGGUAGCUCGUUUGUAGGUCUUUGUUUAGCAUGGCCCCUCAUCUCUCCAUGUGUAGUGUCGUUGCAGACUGAAAUAAUAGAGGUGAGAAGAGAGGGUUUUAUGUAAUGCCAAACCUGUUAGAAUGAAUCAGCGUUAGUUAGCUCAGGUCACAGUAGGAGACGGAUGUUGACAAACUUAAAACUGACCAAAAGAAUCUGCUUUUUAGCUUUACUGGUUUAUUGUUUAUUGAUCGCAGCGGCACCAGAGUCUGACCUGGGACAGAUGCAGUUUAAUGGUUGGUGGAAAUCAUGAGAUAGUAGUCGUUGUUGUUGUUGUGGGGAGAUCCUCUUUGCUGUCCCAAAUUAUCAAUUGAACAUUGUUGAUUCCUUUCAGGCAUCAGCAAGCUGGAUCUAUAUACAGCCCCGCCCGAUGCGUCUGAUUAUAUGAGGAAAAAAACAAUGAAAAUCAAUAUGAAAAAACAAACGGCAUUUGUCUACUCCGAAAAUAUUUUAGAAGUUUAUCAGGAGUUAUCAGGUUGUAUCGGUUGUUGAUUAGGAGAUUGAUUAUGAAUUCUGUCUUGAGUGACAUCACGUUGUGAAUGAUGCAGAAGGAUAACGAUGCCUCCAGAAAGCAGGCGUCUUGAUUGGCUGUCAACAGGAGUGAGAGCCAAUCAGAAAUCAGAGCGAUCCUGUGUGGUUGAAUUGUGGGGCACUCUGAUUGGCUCUUGGGGCCUAGGAUUUAAUCCAAUCCCCUUCUGACGUCACUGCCCCACCCUAGUUAUUGACGCCCAUUCUGAAAUGCCAGAGAGAGAGAGAGUGUUCCGGAACAUGUGAAUGCAGACCAGACCUCUAAAAGAUGGAGGUCUAGAGACCAACUAGUGGAGUCAACCAAAGGUAGAAUUUCUGCACAACGGCCAACUGUAUGUUUGGCAUAGAAAUAACUAGAAGUCCCAUUGAAGACACCUUGUUGUUUAAUCAUUUGUUGGCAGUCUAAAACACUCACCAACUAUCACCAAAAAGAUGCGUUCAAAGCACUGUCAAUGGGUAGAAGAAGAAGAUGGGGCCUACUUUGGAGAAAUAUUAUCAACGCACACACAGUACUUUUGACAUGUUGAAACAAGAAUCCCAGACAUAUAAAAACUAAAACGUUUUAUGUAGCUUUUAAAAUGUAAGUACCUUUUCAAGCCCACUUCUGAGGAGAACGUUGUAGAAAGGUCUGAAAACGGACCAUAUCUCACAGCAACCAAAGAGCAUCUUUCCAGGCCACUUUCAAUCUCACUCACCUGAGAGUGUGAUUUCAAUCUAGCAUCACCGUCCAUGCUAACGUGGCACUGCUUCAUAACUAGCAUCCCUUAUUUAGCAUUAGCAUCUCAACCCAUACAACCAUUUGAGCGCUAACAGAUUCCUGAGUUAUCACCUGAGGUGGACCUGUUGGAGGGGUUGUAAAUCCCCCUUUCCCUUGUAAAGUUUAGCCACUUCUUUUUAGCGUAGUCUAGCGGUAUGGGCGUUUAUUAGUGGGUUUCUGACUGAGCUUCUUACCUCCAGAGGAAAGAGCAGGCCUGCACUUUAAAUCCUAAUUGACAUAAACUUUCACAUCCCUUCAUUUACCUUAACUGUCAGAUAGCUCAAUUUUAUAUACCUCAACUUUCAUAUUCCUCACAGUUACUCAUGUGUACCUCAAUUCUAGGAGCUCAUCAACAUACAAAUGUCAUUUUACAAAUCUACCUCAACACACCUUUUACCUCACUUUAAAUGCCUCUCAUGUUACAUACAGUACAAAUACAUGUAGGCCUACCUCAAAUAUUUUGACUAGUAACUUCUAAUCCUCAAGUGUCUAGUACUGUAUACUUCAGUUUCCAGACCGUACUUUAAGUUAUAGUCUUAAGUUUUUUUUUAAACACCCCAUGUUACUUUUACCUCAACUCACACUUUAAAUCAUGUAACGUUUACCUCACCUGUUGGACCAAAGAUCUUAAUCAUGGUGGCUCCAUUUCAUUUUAAAAUUACAAGUUGCAAAUGGUUAAAAUCUCUCCACGUUGUGUCCAUGAGUGGGCGGUUUAGCAUUGUGGUGAAUUAUGCCUUUUAAUCAUAUGGAGAAACCAAAUCGUGCAGAUCUUAGCGUUGUGCCAAAAAUAUAUCUGUGGGAGUUUGGUGUCAAACUGAGUUGGCAUCGUGAUGAUACUGUCAUAGACGGUGAAUGUCAUUGGACCAUUAUAUCAUAGAUAUUUAGUGUUUAGCGAAUCAAAGCAGCCAAGGACAGAUCCCUGUGGUUUGAUUGGAUGCACUUAUGUGGGCUGGCCCCCUUUCGCUUUACCUCAUUAUGCACAUCAGCAGAGCUGUAACCUGAUUGGCCGAUAGUGAGAAUGAUGGCAAUGUUACUGUUGGCUGAUUGGCCUGGAGUCUUAGUGAUGUCAGAGGCACAUGAUCAUGUAAGAUUCCACUUGUUUGUUGCCGUGCGUUAGGGGGGAGAGGGAGAGUUCUCUCUUAAGAGUUGAGGCCUCCAUCAUACCCCCUUUAGACCUACAAGAAUUACCUCUAAUGUCAGCACAAUUUCUCCUCAGUAAGAACAUUUAGAAGUGUGGACUUAACAGUUAGCGCAAUGUUGGUUGGUACUAACUUAUUUUAAAACUCAAUUUUUGACAAUGCAAAAGUGUGUGUGUGUGUGUGUGUGUGUGUAGGAACACAUUGAGUGAAUAAGAUGUUUAUGAUGAGUUAAUAAGCUUGUUUAUUGGACGUUACUAGACCGGAGACGUUAGCACAUUAAAGGGCACGCUAGCACAUUAGAGUCCCCAGACCCUGCUGCUUAGAACCCACAGCCGUGUCACCGAUAUGAUCUGUCAAUGGGUUUCAGUAUUAGAAAAUGAAAUGUUUAGUCAAGACUGCAUCAACCUUUUUUUUUUUUUUUUUUUUUUAUUAAAAGUUAUAUCUUUAAGAUCCUUAGGUUUUCACUCUUAAAGAGGAUUUUACACUUUUUUUUGUUUUGUUCUUUGGUUUUGGUUUUUCAUUUGUCGCAUGCUUUAAAAACAUUUUUUAAGUGUACCAACGUCUCAGAUAUAGGUGUUGUAAACUCAACGGGUUGGUAGCUGAAUCUGGGAAUGGUUGUAUUAUGAUUAUAUACCCACAGGUGUGUGUGUUUUGUUAGGAGUGCGUUGGAUGGAUUUAACCUUUUGACCUUUGCGAUUGUAUUUCCUGUUCCCAAGACGCUCUGCAGAGACCAAUCGGUGCUCAGCUGGCCAUGUCUGGAAUCCUAAGAUGAGGGGGGGGGGAAACAGCUCAACUCGCCAUGCCUUAAAACAGAGAUGUAGCAGAGCGCAGUUAGUACAACAACCUUUAGAGCCGCACAGUUGAAUUACCACACACACACAAUGAAGACUGUUUACACUGUAGCCAUUUUGUUUUGGGCCUAGUAAUGACAACCUCUCAUUCACUCUCUAUGAAAAUAAGCUAGGUUUCGUCACAGGUUUAGCCGGCAAGCAUCAUUAGAAUCGCUUGAUUUUUUUUUUUCCCCCUCACAAAAAUAUCCAGGAAGUGUGGUGUUGAGCACGUGAUUGGUCUCCUGUACUCCUGUUGGGCAGGGUUUUAUUGGCCCCUGUGGUUCUGUCCACCAUUUUGUUUCUAGCAUCUCACGGCUUUAAGAGAAAAGAAGAGAAGUUUCUAAAAGCGAAACUGCACCAGGUGGAAGGUGUGCAACGUGUUAAUGAUUGUAUCUUUUAAAGAAAAGUAAAAAUACAGAAAAAAUAAAUAGAAACUCAGGUAGUUCUUUGUCCCUGCCCUGUGGGUGUCACAGUGAAACGUGUACCCCCUAGUGAUGCGGGUAUCACAGUGAAAUGUGUCCCCCAUAGUUAUAAUGUAGUGAAUCAUUCUGUUAUGACCUUAGUACUAGUCUCAUUGAUCACGUUCCAGGACCCUCUUUCUUAGCAGUUGGGCUGUGAAAAUGCUGAGAUUUCAAUGUGUGUGUGUAUUAUCUAUAUACACCUCUUCAGACCUUGAGAUGUGCAGCACGACUGGUAAAGACGGGCUGGAACGUGACCAAUAUUUUCUGUGUGUGUCCGUUUUGCAUAUUACAGAUUUAGUUCUCAAUCUGGAAAAUAUAAAAUAUAAACAUUUUGCAUUUUUAACAAUUUCCCUCAAAUGUACUGUUUUUAUGUUUACAUUUUCAUAUUUAAUUUUUGUUAAAUGUUCCAAUUGUUUGUUUGAUAAACACAGAAGGACCUACUCCAGACCACACGACACUCUGCGACCCUUUUGGAAUGUAUUUUUUUUUAAAGAAAAUGGUUUGUUGGGAGUGAUUCUCACACCCUGCUUGUUGUUAGCAGGAUCACAGAACAGGACUGAUACAGUACUACCAAUCAAUCUGUGUCUGGAGAAUUACAAUGGACGCCAUGUUGUUACCCAGUGUUCCAUGCCAAUGAUGUUCCAGUGAGAAUGCAAUUUAGAACGUUACUGUCAUGGAGCCUAUGGUGACAAAAUGGCGUCUUUAAGAAUUCUGAGUCUGUUUAUCAACACUAAGAAUCUCUGCAGGCCUAUCUCUAAGGCUCUGGUCUGUCCUGUGUGCAGCAGGUAGAAGGUAGUGUGUUUGUGUGCUGCAUCGUGUUGUUGUUGAACCAAAAUCCACUGAAUGUAUUCUCCUCUGUCGACGAGGCAGGAGGACAGCAGGGACCAGCUGAGUUUAGAUGGGUGCUGCUGGUGUGUGUGUUGUGUUGGUGUACAAUCAUACACACUGAAAUGAUCUGCAAGGAGUGUGUGCGUGUGCACAUGUUUCCCCCUCCCCUCUCCUCUCACACUGUGGUCGGUGUGGCAGUGCAGUUGUCAGGUCUUCAGUUUAAAUAAAGCAGAGGAGACUAUUAUACCUGCUGCCUUCUGUUACCUGCUGCCUUCUGUUACCUGCUGCCUUCUGUUACCUACUGCCUUCUGUUACCUGCUGCCUUCUGUUACCUGCUGUCUUCUGUUACCUGCUGUCUUCUUCUGUUGACUUUACACAUUUUUUGUUUACACUUAAAUAAACGUAUUUCUUUGA